UCUGGAAAGCCAGGACAAACCACUAAUGAGAACAUCACGCUCCCCAACGUCCGCGGACGCAUUCCCUCCCUCCAAGCAUCCCGACUUCGCACAAUGAUGCUCGAAGCCUACCGCGACCCAUCUAAGAUUCUCGCACAUGCUUGUAGCUACGAUGGACUUUCUUCUCGCCUUGUCGAAGAGGCCGGUUUUCCUAUGAUCUUCCUUGCCGGAUACCCCUGCGCUAGCUCAUACGGAUUACCUGACACAGGCUACAUCGCCAUGGCAGAGAUGUGCGACAAGAUCCAAGAGGCUGUACGACAGGUAUCAGUACCAGUCAUGGCCGAUGCAGACACCGGUUACGGCAGUCCAAUGAACGUCAAGAGGACGGUGCAGUGUUUCGCAGAGGCUGGUGCGGCGGGCAUUAUGGUGGAAGACCAGACAUGGCCGAAAAGGUGUGGCCACACGAAAGGCAAAGCAGUCGUUUCGAGAGGAGAAGCAUUCGCUCGUGCGCAGGCUGCUUGCGAUGCUCGAAACGAAGGCAAAGACAUCUUUGUUCUUGCGCGUACCGACUCACUCAUUCUCGGUUGGGACGAAGCUAUGACACGUGCUAAGGAGUUCAAGCGUAUCGGUGUCGAUGCUGUAUUCGUCGAAGCGUUGCCCGACCGUGAAGCUAUGAGCAAGUGUGUCAAGGAGCUAGAUAUGCCUGUGUUUGCCAACAUCAUUGAGGGUGGUUUAACCCAGAACCUCUCUGCAAAGAGUCUCGCUGAGCUCGGCUUCUGUGCUGUAGCGUAUCCUUGGACACUGGUUGCGGCGAAACUGAAGAGCAUCCGUGAGACACUAGAAGCACUGAAGAAGAGCAUGACGGAGGGUGCGCCACCGAUGAUACUUUCUUACUCCGAGGUUUGUGAAGGUGUGGGGUUCAACAGAUACUGGGACGAGGAAGAAAGAUACAAGUACAAUGAAAGAGGACUUGUGAAUGGUGCAGUAACGACGAGUGGCACCAAUGGAACGAAUGGGCAUUGA